AUGGCACGACUGGUCGCGCGAACGCUUGCAGGGGUUUCAUGCACCUUAUGUGCCCUUUUCACGACAGCUGCAGCAGUCCCAAACGCAGCGUUCCCGUUCAACUCCCAGGUACCAACAGUCGCGCGUGUGGGCCAGCAAUACAGCUUCCAGAUAUCCGACUCCACUUUCGAGCCCGAGUCCUCGACCUACGUCUACAGCAUCUCGCAACAGCCAGCAUGGCUCACAAUCGACAGCGCAACAAGAACACUGCAAGGCACGCCCGGGACGAGCGAUGCUGGGCCAGAGACAUUUGUCUUGACAGCAGCGGACGGAUCUGGAGCGGCGCAGAUGUCAUGCACAUUGGUCGUUUCAGCAGAUCCGGCGCCACGAUUAGUUGGAGAUAUUAGCGAGCAGCUUUCAGAAACCGCGAACCUGUCGAGCAGUAUGCCACCAGUGGUGACACUGCUUCCAUCGACACCAUUCAAAUUCGACUUUGAGCAGGAGUCCUUCAUCGAUAUUGUGCAACGCCAGCUCUACUAUUAUGCUACUCUUGCCGAUCACACGCCCUUGCCAUCGUGGCUCAAGUUCGACGCUGAGAAACUUACAUUCUCUGGAAAUGCGCCUGAUCUCAGCGCGUUCCCUCAGUCAUGGGUGAUCAAUUUGAUUGCUUCGGACGUUCCUGGGUUUUCUGGUAGCACCGCAUCUUUCACCAUCGCUGUUGGUACGCAGCAACUCGUUUUCGUGCCAGAAGAGCAGGAGUUGAACAUAACAGCCGGAAAGGAUGUUAAUAUCACUACGCUACAGAGCGAGCUCUUUCGCAAUAAUGUGAAUCUCAGCCCACGGAGUCUGAGAAGUGCUAUCGCGGAUACGCCUUCCUGGCUGGCCUUCGACUCGUCCACGCUUGCGAUCACGGGGGAGGCGCCGGAAGACUUCGAGACAGGAAACAUCACCGUCACCGUGACAGAUGAAUUGGGAAACACAGCAAUGGCUGUCAUUAAUCUCAUAGCUGGAAAGUCGUCGUUUUUCAAUGGGCAGAUUGGUACAUUGUUAGCACAGGCUGGGAAGAGGUUCUCGUACCACCUGGACGACUCAUUGUUCAACGAACAAGAUCUGGACAUCAGUGUUGAACUUCCAACUGCAGCUACCUGGCUCAGAUUUGAUGACGAGAAUCGCGAGCUGACCGGCAUGGUACCUUCGAGCGCUCAGGCGGCAACGUUACGUGCGACCAUCACUGCAAGGAGCGGCGCUAACGAUGAAGGCCAGUCACAAGUUUUCACGAUUGACGUCGAGGCUGCCACAAGAUCCAGUACUACGAGUGCUGUUAUUUCACCGACCAAUACUCAUCAUGCAACGCCGGCCGCAGCUGCUGUAGACCAAGAGAAGCCACCUACUUUGACUAGUGGCGGCAUUGCAGCGAUCGUACUCGGAUCCAUUGUCGGAGCCUCUCUCCUGCUGCUGCUUCUGUUGUGGUGCUGUCGGCGCAAGCGACGGCAGGACUCUUACGUGCAGAAUUCGCCUAGAUCGAAGACCAUCUCUAAACCGCUGGCCCCGCCACAGGGCGAGGACAUCGUACCAGCAACAAUGACUGAUCUAGAUUUGGAAAAGGCUUCCGAGUUGGCUCGUGUGGACUCUCACGCCCCUGUCCCGCCUCCGAAAAGUGUAGAACCCCCUCCGCAGAUACAUAUCCAUGGCAUACCGGAAACUCGCUCCUCAUAUUUCAAGCGCUUUUCGCGGGUCAGUCAUGCUUCUUCGUUGGGCGAUGGCGAAGACGCUAUCAGAAGAGAUGAGAACAUACCGGAAUGGGGCGCAAAUUCUACCGCUCUGCACAUGCCGCACGACAGCUUCUCUGUACCCACAGAGAUGGCACGACGAAGCACGCAUCUCAGCGAUACGAGUCCGAGUAAAAGAGCUCAGAUAAUGCACAAAGUGCGCGCACACAGAAGAAAUCGAAGCAGCGUCAGCUUCAAGCGGCUGAGCCUGGGACUUGGCAUCACAGGUGCGGGUGCUGCUGCUGGCGCUGGCGCUGGAGUGGCAAGACACAGUUCUCGGAAUGGCAGACUUCGGCACCGCAAAGCCAGAAGUAGCUUGGGAGUACUGACACCUACACGAGAAGCAAGCUCUGCGGGCUCGUUCAGGACGAUACGUACGAGCAUUCUCUCCGCUACGCCUUCUGAUUUUCCCGAGCCCGGCCCAUCGAGACAGUCGUACUCUGCUUCCGCUCCGGUACUGUCAAAUAACGGUGCGAGCGUCGAGCUUGAUCCCAAAAGGAAGAGUAUACGGAUGGUCGCGCCAAGCAACAGCAUACAUGCCUCCGAACGUGAGCGACCUUUGGUCGAUAAGCGUACAAGCUUCCUCGCAAAGCGCCGUGGGAGUGGACAUAUGCAAAGCAUCCUGUUCUCCAGAGGCACUCGCUCCGCUUCAACCAGUCUGCGCCGAAACGAUUCUCAAUCUGUCGAAGCCAGUGUGGCCGGGAGCGUCCGUCGUGCGAACAGAGGCACUUCAGGAUUGGGAAGCAGAAGCGCGUUGCCGAGCCAGAACACGCUCACGAAGUACUCCGAAUCGUCAUCUAUUGAACCCAGGGGACAUCUUGACUCGCCGCAUCGUGACUCCAGACGAUUUAGCCAGAGAUUGAAAAACGUCUUCGUUCCUGGAUUCCCUCGAGCCAUCACGCAGUCAACGCUUGGCAACGACGAAGACGGCGUGCAUCCGGUCAGUGGAAGGCAGACGCCGGCCGAACGCAAAAGCUACGCAGAACUCGAAGAUGAACAGUGGAUUGCAGAAUUGACCAAGCCGCGCCACGAAAGAGACUGGGUCCGUCCUGGCGAAUCCAGUCCAUUGACAGCUCCGGCUCCGCCUCCAAGCCUCGCUGCCACAGCGCAAAACAGCCGCGCUGGCACUCCCUCAGCAACAUCUGGCGCAUCUCCGUCACGAUCGGAACGUUGGCGAGAAGCACAGCAGAAGAGUGCUCGAGAACGAUCUGCUUCUCCCUUAUCUCAAAGUCACGACCUCAAUUCCUCGCCUUCUGUCAUUCGCAAACACAGACAACCAGACUCAGGGAAGAAGAACCGCAUGUCCGCACCCAUGAGUCUCGUCUCUGCGGAUAGUAUGCACAAAGGUCGUCCUCGGAUCAGUUAUCUCGACAACACAUCGAAUAUGCCCACAGGCAGCACCCACGAACACGACUUUGCCACAAUGGCGGGCAGUGAGAGGGAUGAUGCAAAUUGGGUCACGGACGUGGAGUCUUCUUUAUCCAGCAGUGAAGACGAAAUCCGAGGGACGGGCUUGGUUAUUCCGCCUUUGGGAGGAAGUGCGAGGAAAGAUGGAACAGGGAGGAGUGAUUGGACAGGGACAGCAUUUAUUUGA